AAUAACCAUUAUUGGUCAAACGGAAAUCCACAUUGGGCAGUUGAUACAAAUUAUCAAACAGUAUGGGGCACAAAUGUGUGGUGCGGAUUAUUAGCAGGAAAUUUAAUAGGUCCACAUUUUUAUGACACUACUCUUAAUGGAAGACGAUAUUCAGAUUUCUUAACUUUGCUAAUGUUGGAAGAUGUCCCUUUAUUACUUCGUCAAAACUUAUUUUUUCAACAGGAUGGAGCACCCGCUCAUAAUGCCAUUAUUGUAAGACAACAAUUAAAUGAAAUGUUUGGAAAUCAAUGGAUGGGAACUCAUGGGCCAGUGGAAUGGCCCCCACAGUCACCUGAUCUAACACCAUUAGACUUUUUUUUAUGGGGCCAUUUAAAGACUGUUGUUUAUGCAGAACCACCAGCAAACUUACAGGAUUUAAAAAAUAAAUUAAUGGUAGCGUGCAGACAAUUAACAAAAGAACAAAUUUUAGCAGCAACCUAUAGAGAAGUGAGUCUUUGA